ACAGAGCCCAAAGUGAUGACUUCAUUUAGCUCAUUUUGUCUCAGUGUGGAAAAUCUAAAUGUUCUAAUUUGGAAAUGAGAAAAAGCAGAUCUACAGAGGCUGUGACCAGGAAAUGUUUUGAGAAAGACUAUGAAAACGCUAUCAAGUACUACACAGAGGCCCUGGAGCUCAAUCCAUCCAAUGCCAUCUACUACAGCAAUCGAAGCCUGGCAUACCUACGCACAGAGUGCUAUGGCUAUGCCCUGGCGGAUGCUACGAAGGCCCUGGAGAUAGACAAAAACUACAUCAAGGGAUAUUACCGCCGUGCCACCUCCAACAUGGCAUUGGGCAAGUUUAAGGCUGCACUUAAGGACUACGAGACGGUAGUAAGGGUUCGACCAAAUGACAAGGAUGCAAGGAUGAAGUAUCAGGAAUGUAACAAGAUUGUGAAACAGAAGGCUUUUGAGAGAGCCAUUGCCAGCGAUGAGACAAAAAGAUCAGUUGUUGACUCUCUGGACAUUGAGAACAUGACGAUUGAGGACGACUAUGUGGGCCCCAAACUUGAAGAUGGGAAGGUCACAUUGGCGUUCAUGAAGGAGAUGAUGGAUUGGUUCAAAGACCAGAAGAAACUGCACAGAAAGUGUGCUUAUCAGAUUUUGGUGCAAGUUAAAGACGUUCUAUCAAAACUACCAAGUCUCGUUGAAAUCGCAUUAAAAGAGACAGAAAAAAUAACUAUUUGUGGUGACACCCACGGGCAAUACUACGAUCUCCUCAACAUCUUCAAGCUGAACGGCUUACCUUCAGAGACCAACCCUUAUCUGUUCAAUGGUGACUUUGUGGAUCGCGGCUCUUUCUCUGUUGAGGUCAUUCUUACCCUCUUUGGCUUCAAGCUGCUCUUCCCCGACAACUUCCACUUGCUUAGGGGAAACCAUGAGACGGACAAUAUGAACCAGAUGUAUGGAUUUGAAGGGGAGGUCAAGGCCAAGUACACAGCCCAGAUGUUCCAGCUGUUCAGCGAGGUCUUCCAGUGGCUGCCUCUUGCUCAGUGUAUCAACAGCAAAGUACUGGUCAUGCAUGGGGGGCUGUUCAGCGAAGACGGCGUCACAUUGGAUGACCUCAGGAAGAUUGACAGGAACAGACAGCCUCCAGACUCAGGUCCCAUGUGUGACCUCCUCUGGUCAGAUCCACAGCCUCAGAACGGCCGGUCGAUCAGCAAGCGAGGCGUCAGUUGUCAGUUUGGGCCAGAUGUGACGGAGCGCUUCCUGGAUCAGAACAAACUGGACUUCAUCGUGCGCAGUCAUGAGGUCAAAGCUGAGGGCUACGAGGUCACUCACUCAGGGAAGUGCAUCACCGUGUUCUCAGCGCCCAACUACUGUGACCAGAUGGGAAACAAAGGAGCGUAUAUCCACCUCAGGGGAUCAGACCUCAAGCCAGAAUUUCACCAGUUCACUGCUGUGCCUCAUCCGAAUGUCAAGCCCAUGGCAUAUGCCAACACGCUAAUGCAGUUGGGGAUGAUGUAGAGGCCACGCAACUCUGUCUGUGACACUGAUGACCUCCAUCUGACCCGAACCAUCCCAGCCACCUCACUCCCUCCAGUGCUCUCAUCCAUGCUUAGCCUAAGGGAUCCCUUUCCCCCCGACAAACUUCCGCUAGUUGUUGCAGAAAACGUGUGGUGUAGUCCAGAUGGGAAGAGAUCACUUAGACCAGACAAGCCCGCUCCAGAACUGGGCACGUCCUUUCGUGUUAUCGGUUAAAACUGGAAAACCCCCAUUUCCACUGUCCAUUUUUCCCCCGCGCUUGUGUUCCAUCACUGGGUAAAGAAACCAGUCUCCCUGGAGACGCUUGGUUUUUAAACAUAAGUUACUCUCAGCAGAUGGGAUCAAAUAGAUGGUAUGUACCAAAGAUCUGUGAUGAAAAUGAUUGUUCAGUUUUUACAAGGAGCAUCUUGUGACUCUGAAGCCUAGCAUUGUAUUGUUGGCCUGUGUACACAGCUUAGAGCAUUGCAAACUGGGUUAAGAGCAGCACGUCAAUCAGUGUUUUCGCAAACCAUCCCACAGUAUGUCAGUCAGUUUGUUUUUUUUUUAAUUUUACAGGAAUACAAAAUAUGAUUACAUGUAUGAUCCCAGUCCAAAAAAAAAAAAAAAAAAAAAGAGAUCGAUUGUCUCUGGGUACACUCUUAAAGGUGCUGUUUGCCAU